GUUGAUGGAAAGAGACGGGAUUGCGAUGGCCACUCACAAGCAUGCGAUGAGAGCGCUCAAACUUGGACGGAAUAUUUCUUGCGCUCUUCUUUCUUGGUUUACCAUUCUUGAACUUGAAGUUUUCUGCCAAGGAACAGCUAUGGGUUUAAAAUUCGUUCAGUUAGAUGUUCCAGGAGCACUGCAUAGUGGCGAGUCUACUUGGCUGAAAUGUCAAUACGAAUUAGGUGAUGAUGAGCUGUAUUCAGUAAAAUGGUACAAGAAUAAUGUGGAAUUCUUUCGAUAUUUACCAGGAGAUGUGCCAGCUGGACAAAAUUACGAACUACUCGGAGUGUAUGUUGACCUAUCAAGAUCAAACGCGACUCACGUUUACCUCUACAAAACGGACUUGAAUACCGAAGGUACGUAUGGUUGCGAAGUUUCUACCGAAGGACCUUCUUUUCGUACCGUAAAAGCAGACAAAGAACUGAGAAUUUAUGUUCUUCCUACUAAUGGCCCUGUAAUAGAAGGCAUAGAUCCACCGUAUCAGAUUGAUGACCUAGUUAACAUUUCUUGCACGUCUGGACCUUCAAAGCCUCCAGCACAUAUGAAAUGGUACAUAAACGAAAUAGAAUUUCCUCCAACCACUGAAAGUCGUUAUCCUCCAAAUCGUCAUCCGAAUGGACUACAAACAUCACGCAUUGGCUUGGAAUUUAAAAUUGACCACGGACAUUUUUACAAAGGUGAAAUCAAGAUAGUCUGCAUGAGUUCCAUCCCACAGGUUUAUUCUAGUACUAGCGAAGAACUAGUGAUCGGAGAUAGAGCAUCAUCCAGUAAUCCUUAUCACGUGUCACAUUCCGCCCCAGGGCAAAAAGGUCCAGUUAUUGAGGGAAACUCGCCGUGGUAUCAUGUUGGAGAUUUGGUAAAUCUAAACUGUUCCUCUGCAAGAUCGCCCAUUCCUGUUCAUAUACGGUGGUUUGUCAAUGACAUGGAAGCAAAGUCAGGAUAUCUAAUUAAAUACCCAACAAUACGAUACUCAGAUGGGACAGAGAUAUCCAGCCUGGGACUGCGGAUGAUAGUAGAACCUUACCACUUCAAGAGUGAUGAACUACGAAUCAAAUGCACGACAACUCUCUACAGAAUGCUAACGAUGAGAGCAGAGAAAACAUUGUUUAGCUCUGCGCAGAAGCAGUCUUUCUUCCAAGAUUUUUCUAUGGACUUUGGUAUUGACUUUCCAGUUUAUUACAACAAGACUAUCGUUCUUUUGUUAGUUUUGUUAACAAAGGAAAUAAUUUGGAUGACAAUAGCUUUAAAAUAAUGGCCUAAUUUUGAUAAAAUAUCACAUUGGAGUUUGAAUUUUUCAGUGAACUGGAUGUCAUGUGGUUCAAUAUUGCGUUGAUCUCGUAUA